GCCAUCUGUGAAGCAAUCAAGUGGAAGAAUCGAAGCCAUGUCUCUGGUCGGGAAACUGGUGAGCGAGCUAGAGAUAAACGCACCUGCUGAGAAGUAUUACAAAGUCUUCAAGGAUCAAUGCUUUCAUGUUCCUAAUAUCACCCCAAAUAUCAUUCAGCACGUUGAAAUUCAUGAUGGAGAUUGGGAUAGCCAUGACCAUGGCUCUAUCAAGACCUGGCAUUACACAGUUGACGGGAAGUCUGAGGUUUUUAAAGAGCGAGUGGAAUUUCACGACGAGAAAUUCACGGUAGUUCUGGUUGGAUUGGAAGGAGAUGUGUUCAAUCAUUAUAAAACUUUCAAGCCGGUGUAUCAAGUUGUGCCAAAGGGUCCUACCCAUUGUUUGGCGGUUCUGACAAUUGAGUAUGAGAAACUUGAUGAUGGUUCUCCUUAUCCUUAUCAGUAUAUUGAUCUCAUGAAUGGCAUUACUAAGGAUAUUGAAUCUCACCUCAAAUAAGAAGCUUUGGUGUGUCGGUUCGAGCUUCAUAACUAUAUGUUGUUUCAAAGUUGUAUGCUAUUUUCAAGUUAUGUUUGUAGGCCUGAUGAUGUAUGUUUGUUGCUUUACUCUUCUAUUUCGAUAAGCUUUAUGUUCUAGUGAAAAGUAAAUAAAUUAAAGUUGGUCGGUAUGUAAA